AUGGUGGCGGCGUGUUCCGGAUCAUUGCUGACAUCGGUCGUGGUUACUCCGUUUGAUGUGGUAAGAGUAAGAAUGCAACAACAAAGUGCUUUUCCUAUGGUGGAUUUCAUUGAUUUGGCAAAGAAUAAAGUUGCAAAUGCUAGUAAUAAAGGAGUCGAGAUCAGUUACAAAGCGGCGGCUGGACAAGUUCGAAAUAAUCUAUCCAAGGUUGCUGUUUCUUCAUUAGAAAGCCUGAGACUGUCUUCUUCGACAGGUGUAGCAGCAGCAGAAAUGGCCGUCAAAUCUUUCCCAAUCACACAGAUCCCCAGUGGAGUAGGCGUCACUACGUGCUGUAAAGAUGUGUUUUGGUUUCCUAGUACCAUCGAUUAUUGUGUGGCAUCUCAGCUUGAAAUUUCAACCUCAUGUGCUGUAGACGAGACUAAGAUGAAUCGUCUUAAUGGAACCUGGGAUGGAUUUCGCAAAAUAGUAGCCGGAGAAGGAUUACCAGCCUUAUGGAGAGGUCUGUCUUUAACUUUGUUAAUGUCAGUUCCCUCAAAUGUUGUUUAUUUCAUUGCUUAUGAAUAUAUGAGAGACAAUUCACCACUCUCUGAAUCGACCAUUCUCAACCCUUUAAUAUGUGGUGGGUUGGCUAGAUCUUUAUCUGCUACCGUAGUUUCACCCAUCGAACUGGUAAAAACAAGACUACAGUCAGCCAAGGGUCCUGAUGCUGUACAGGUAGUCACAAAAGGUGUGCGAGAAAUGGUUGCUACUCAAGGAUUCUCUUCGCUGUGGAGAGGAUUGGUAUUAACACUUUGGAGAGAUGUACCCUUUUCAAGUAUUUAUUGGGCAUGUGUCGAGUUUAUUCGAGCAGAGUUAGCACAGACGCAUUAUUUUAGAGAUCAAAAAUCAGAUUCCAGCACCUUCUCACAAGCAUUUAUUGCGGGGUCUGUGGGUGGAUCGAUUGCUGCUAUUCUGACUACACCCUUUGACGUUGGCAAGACUCGUCGUCAAAUCGGACAUCAUGCAUCUUCGUCAUCGAGCAUGGGCAUGCUUCCAUUCAUGAUGAAAAUUUUGAAAACAGAAGGUGUUGGUGCUCUGUAUGUCGGAGCAAUUCCACGCAUUUUAAAAGUAUCCCCUGCUUGUGCAAUUAUGAUAUCGUCAUAUGAAAUGGGUAAAAAGUUCUUUGCCCGCGACAACAACGCUUUAUAG